AUGGAGAGCCCUGCUCCGGAAGGGGUUGACCUGUGUGGGCUUGCAAAGGCAUGGGGCGACGAUUCAAGGGUGCGAGAGCCUCUUUUGAAGACUGGGUCGCUGUUCAUUUGGCCCUGCAAGAAGACCACGGGGAUUGCUAGUUUUGCAAGUUUGGCCCUCAACCAUGCAUCCAUUGGCCACCUACUGGAUUUCUGGUGCUGCCAGACCCCAACAGCCAAAUCCAUCUACAUCGAGCACGCGAAAGCUGAGAUCGAGAAACUUCGAGACGACCUGGGGAUGGCACCAAAUUCGGUCCGGGUGCAGUGCGAUCCUCGCACUCGUGCUUUGUUCGACAAAGCACUUCAGUUUUGGGAACCUACGAUUUCCAAGCGAAAGAGGACAAAGUCAGAACGCCAGCAGGACGAGGAUGACGAGGCUGCCGUCCCCUCCGAGGACUUUCAUCCUGAGGAUGAUUCUCAGGAGCAGGCUGAGUGUGACCGGGCAAGUGUUGAUGCCUACAUGAACGUGUUGAGCCGACGAUCGCCCGAGAUGGCUGAGAGGGAAAGCCUCCUGCAUGCAGCUGAAACCAGCCACAGUGAUGAUGCUUUCAUGGCCAAGGCUCUUGGCUCGGAUGCCGUGCAAAGCACCCCGACUGCAAACUUGGCGACAGGUUUGACAAAGAUGUUGGAAGAGUUUGAGCUGUCGACAGAGAAGCCUCCGCUUAAGCCGAAAGCUGAUGGUCCGGCGGUGAUUGAGUUGGGUGAUUCGCCGCCGGAGCCGCCGAAGAAGGCUCCGAGAUUGCACGCCGACUUCAGUCAUGGUCUGCCCACCGGGGCAGCUGCACGCCUGCAGAUGCUGAAGCGAGAAAUCGAGCGACGCCAGGCCACUCGUCAGUGUGCCCGUCCUUUGAGAGGGCAAGCUUUGAGCAUGGAUGCAGUUGACACAUGCCAGACCGACAUGUCACCGGUUGCACAGAAUCUUAUGAAACGAUUCGAUCAAGCUGAUGCUGUUGAUUUGUCGAGUCCUGUGGCUUCUGAAAGCAGAAGCACCACGACCUCCCCCACGCCGGAAGCCGUGAAUGGGCAUGUUGGCGAUGAUAGUGUCUGUGAUGGCAACCAGCAGGCUCCAGCUGAGCAUGCUGGCACCAAGCCCGACCUCGAGGCACCCAACGACUUCGAGGCACCCAAGGACUUCGAGGCACCCAAGGACUUCGAGGCACCCAAGGACCUCCAGGCACCCAAGGACUUCGAGGCACCCAACCCUGCAGAUGACAUGUUCUUCGAUGAAGCUGAGAUCAAGAGGAUGGAUCAGGUGGCACUUAAAGGUGACCUGGCAACCGAGAGGCUUGCAAGGGCCCUUGACAAGAAGGAGGAUCCUUCAGAGGCGGCUGGGGAUGAUGACGGGGCUACAG